AAUAGCAGAAAGCUGUGUACAGAGCAGACUGCAGAGUGGUGUUAGACAGAUGGCGACCCUCCCUCUCCUCCGUCCAUACUCCUUCCUCCGCACUCCCACCCUCACCCUCACCCUCACCCUCACCCUAAAAACCCCAACCACAAAGAUCCCCUUUUUACCCCUCAAACCCCAAAACGGCGGCGUCGGGGCACGCAUGUCGAACUCCUCCAGCUCUCCGGCGGCGACAGAACGGCUAAUCUCGGUGGCGGCGUACGGGCUGCCCUUGCUGAACUCGGUGCAGCACGGGCGGUACCUGAUGGCGCAGUUCCCGAAGCUGGGCGUCCUCUUGGAGCCCAUCCUACCCUUCCUGGCCUUCUACAGAUCCAUCCCCUACUCCUCCUUCGUCGCCUUCUUCGCCCUCUAUUUGGGCGUCGUAAGAAACCCUAGCUUCCCCCGCUACGUCAGGUUCAACGCCAUGCAGGCCGUUACUCUCGACGUUCUCCUCGUCAUUCCGCUUCUCUUCCACCGCAUCUUCUCCACCGGCACUGGGCCCAUCAUGGUCUUCUCCAGCAACGCCAUUUUCGUCUUCAGUGUUUUCUGUUUUCUAUACGCCGUCGUUUCCUGCGUCUUGGGACGCACGCCUUACUUGCCCUUUGUUGCCGACGCUGCUUCCAGGCAAAUUUGAUUCCCUUCCUUUUCUUUGUUUCUAUCUAAGCCAAUCGUCUCAAUUUUUUGUUUCUGUUCCCCAUUUAUUUAUGGUUUCUUCCGUGUAUUAUAUUUUUAUUUUUUUUGUUUUUGCAAAUUGUGGAAUGGGUUCACUGACUCAUUUUAAAGCUCUUCGUUUGUAUUCGAACAGUGUCUGAAAUGAAGUAAUUGAAAGGAGAGAAAAUAGAUUGUGUUCC